AUGGAUUCAACGAAUCCACUGAAUCCAUAUAGUGACUCCCGUAGCUAUAGCUAUCUUUUCCACAGUCAAAACUUCCAGUAUGGAAGUUAUCCUUCGAGUCAAAAUUUUGGAGGAGGAUCCGAGAUACCUCCUUUUAGUUCACAACAACCCGACGCUCCAGCUUCACGUGAAGACCCACCAGUUGCCUCUAGGGAGAGAAGGCAAUGGACUCCAGCUGAUGACGAGGUCGUAAUAAGUGUGUGGCUCAACACAUCUAAGGAUGCUGUUGUUGGAAAUGAACAAAAAUCCGGGACGUUCUGGAAACGUGUUGCUGAGUAUUAUGCAUCAACCCCACAUACUAAAGAGAGUGUAGAGAGACAUAUCAGUUCUGGUCAGAGCGACACUGAUGUCCUCAAGGUGGCUCAUGAUAUUUACUUCGCUGAUCACAAGAGGAAAUUCAAUAUGGAGCAUGCGUGGUGUGUGUUAAGGUUUGAGCAGAACUGGCUCAGCCUUAACACUCCUAAACCUACCGGGAGUUCAAAGCGAAACGCUGGAGAGUUUUGUUCGCAAACAUCAAGCACUACUGUUGGUGAUCAAGAGAAGGAGGAUCUCAUGAUGAAGGAGAGAUUGUCAAAGCUUGUCAUUCUAGACACACUCCUAGCCAAGCCAGGACCACUAAGCGAGGCUGAGGAAGUUGUGAAGAACAAGCUGCUCGCUCAGUAUUUCUGA